CCGGAGAGCAGGGGCAGCUCCAAGUGCAACUCACAACUUGCUGCCCUCGCCCUGCUGCAGCUCGGGAUUAUCUGUGUAUUGGUCUAUUAGAGAGCCUGUUGUCUUCCUGCUCCCCCUAUAUCCUCUGCCACCCUGGGCGGCUAUACAAUCCUCAGCAGUGAUCUGAGACUGUAUAGCCAGCUCUACUGGACGGUUGCUCAUAGAGGACUUGAUUAAUUAUUUUAGGAACUUUUUGGACUUUGCAUUAUUAUUAUUUUUUUUACAUUUCUUAUAUUUUUUAUUGCACUCUUUCUCAUUUCCCUUCUGUAAAUCAGAGGGCUACACUUUAACUAUUGCACUUUUUGGAUGAAGAUUACUUUUUUUCUUGUGUUUUCAUUUUAUGCCAUAUCUGUACCGUGACAUUAUCGAUCUGAUUCUGAUUCUCCGACACUCAUCAUGACAGCUGAAAAAGAAAAGAAAAGAUGUAGCUCAGAAAGAAGAAAAGAAAAGUCCCGAGAUGCCGCAAGGUGCAGAAGGAGCAAGGAGACGGAGGUUUUCUAUGAGUUGGCACAUCAGCUUCCCCUUGCUCAGAACAUCAGCUCGCAUUUGGACAAAGCCUCUAUCAUGCGCCUGACAAUCAGCUUUUUACGCACUCACAAAGUUUUGUCAUCCGUAUGUGCAGACAACGAUAUCGACACAGAUUCUGAGAAGCAGAUGGACAGCUUGUACCUGAAGGCUCUGGAGGGUUUUGUUGCUGUAGUUACACAAGAUGGAGACAUGAUCUUUCUGUCUGAAAAUAUCAGCAAGUACAUGGGUCUAACUCAGGUUGAAUUAACUGGACACAGCAUCUUUGAUUUCACCCACCCAUGUGAUCAUGAUGAAAUUCGUGAAAAUCUAAGUUUAAAACCCGCAGCCGGACCUGGAAAGAAAAACAAGGAUACGAAUACAGAACGGGAUUUCUUCAUGAGGAUGAAAUGUACUGUUACCAACAGAGGCAGGACUGUAAACCUGAAAUCUGCCACAUGGAAGGUGCUACAUUGUACCGGGCAUGUUAAAGUGUACAACUCAUAUCAGUCACACACACUUUGUGGAUUUAAGGAACCGUUGCUGAACUGCCUAGUCAUGAUGUGUCAGCCUAUUCAACAUCCUUCUAACAUCGACAUCCCAUUGGACAGUAAGACAUUCCUCAGCCGCCACAGCAUGGACAUGAAAUUCACAUAUUGUGAUGACAGGAUUACUGAAUUGGUUGGCUAUCAUCCAGAAGAGUUGCUUGGUCGUUCUGCCUACGAGUUUUAUCAUGCAUUGGAUUCCGAGAGUAUGACGAAAUCACAUCAGAACUUGUGCACAAAAGGUCAAGUGGUCAGUGGUCAAUAUCGAAUGCUUGCAAAGCAUGGUGGAUAUGUAUGGGUGGAAACACAAGGGACUGUUAUAUACAACACACGCAACUCUCAACCACAGUGCAUUGUCUGUGUGAACUACGUCCUGAGUGAAAUUGAAAAUAAUGACGUUGUGUUCUCAAUGGAUCAAACGGAGUCACUGUUCAAGCCACAUCACAUGACCAUGAGCUCCAUCUUUCACAGCGAUGUUACAGAUAAGAGCAACUUCUUGUUCACAAAGCUUAAGGAAGAACCAGAAGAGCUGGCACAGCUGGCGCCAACACCAGGAGAUGAAAUUAUAUCUCUGGAUUUUGGUGCACAGUCAUUUGAGGAAUCGACUCCUUUCAAUAAUAGUGUCCAGACAAGUCCUAGCAAGCAGUGGCCUUUGGAAGUUAAAAGCCACAAUUCUCAGGAUGAGAUAAUAAAUCUUCCGUCCUUCACCGCUCCUCAGGUUGUACCAGGCAGCAGCACUCCCAGUGCUAGCAGCAACAGCAGCUGCUCUACACCUAACAGUCCAGGAGAAUAUUAUACUUCUUUGGAUGAAGAUCUCAAGAUUGAGUUGAUUGAAAAGCUUUUUGCUAUGGAUACAGAAGCAAAAAAUAAAUGUAAUACUUCUCAGAAUGACUUUAAUGAGCUGGAUUUGGAAACCCUGGCUCCAUACAUUCCUAUGGAUGGUGAAGACUUCCAGUUAAACCCAAUAUGCCCAGAUGAAUGUACCCUGAGUGACAGCACACAAAAAACCCAGCAGAAUUUGAACAGCAUCAAUGCACUUUUUCAACCUACUGCGCCCCCUCUACAGAAUCAGUUCCUCCCCCAGAAUUUUUGUCCACCGAUGGCAGCUAAAAGCAGCAGUCACAAUCAGGAUCCUCUUCCUCCAGUGAUUUUUAACGGUGAAAAGAAGCUAUCAUCAUUAACACCAUAUCAUACUGGUGCUAAUACACCAUUGUCUUCAAUGGGAGGGAGGUCAAGUGUCCAGUGGCCUCCAGAUCCUCCAGUCAAUUAUACCCCAUCAAAAUGGAGGUUGCCAGAUCAAUAUAACGAGUCUCUGACCAGCUCAACUUCUGGACCACCAAUGCCCCUGCAUGCAAUGUCAUUGUAUAAACAAAGGUCGUUGGAGAGUUUUGGACAGCGUGGCAAAGACGUAAACCCUUCCCUUAUCCCCUUCUGUAACAAUAUGAAACGGAAGCAGCAAUUUGACUAUGGGGAGCAACAAUUUGCACAGCUCAAUGUGGGGGAUUUGCCUGAAAGUGCCAUACAAUCUUUAAUGUGGAAAAGAAUGAAACCCUUCAAGCCCGAAAUCUGUUCACUGAUUCCAGAAAAGAAAUCGCUCAGUACUAGUGUCCUAAAUGAUGAAUUUAUUUGUAACCGACAAAGAGGAGUGAACCAGAAUGUUACACAGCAGCCCCUGCAUUGCGUAGGUCGGGCUAGCCCAAGGGAUGGACGGAAAACACCAUAUCCUAUGCUCUUUAGCUGUAGCUAUCAGGACUGUAAUAUCCCACCAACACAGAAAAUGAAAGGCCUGACCAACCGUCUCAUCGGCCCGUCUUAUGAACCUUACCUGUUGCCUGAAUUGACAAGAUAUGACUGUGAGGUUAACGUCCCAGUUGUGGGGAACUCACAUCUGCUUCAAGGAUGUGAUCUGCUCAGAGCUCUUGAUCAGACAACCUGAAGAGAUACACAGUUUUUUUGUUGUUUUUUUUUGGCUUAUUACUGUUCAAAUGGCUUCAGUUUCUCAAUAUAUUUUUUCAAGUAGACAAUUUCUAUCACUGAUAACACUUUUUACAAGAUUUACCUUCUUAUUGAACUUGUUCACAGUACCAAAUAGUGGCCUUCUUGAAUCGACAUGGUUUCAAAGAGAAAUGCAUAUAUGUUUUACCUGCUGUAUUUUUUCUUCUUUAUUUUAAUAAAAAAAAUAUAUUGUUUAGAAAAUAUUUUAUGCACCCUUGUACCCAUGUAAAAGUAAUUUAUAUUUUUUUAAAUGGCCACAAUUUAUAGUGCACAUAUCUCUGUAUAUUAUGCAGGGUUCGGAACUGAAAUGGAAAAUGUUAUUGUCAAGAAAGAGCAAAAUUAUUAUUGUACAUUAAACAUACAAUGACACUUAUUUGUUGUCUUUGAGUUGAGCUGGAACUGCCUUAGCAAGUGUCAAUAGCCAUAAUGCUGAUAUUAGUAAUAUCUAAUAAAGGGGCCAAGAAUUUUUACACCCGAGGCAAGUUCUCUUACUCCCAGCCAAGUGUCCAAGAAGAGAUCAGUGUAAACAUGUAAAUCAACAUCAUUCUUGGUCCACAACUCAGGUUUUCAGUUCAUUGGGUUUGGUUCUGCACAGAUCUGGUCGAUCCUUCUGGGACUGUUUCAACUGCUCCCAUCAACUAUAAUUUGGGCUGUACCAGGAAAAGACCAUAUACAUUUUUUUUUUUUAAUCAUUGUGAAUCAUUUUUGUUUUCAUAUAAGAUAAUGUCACUCAUCUGUAUAGUUUGUACUUAAAAUAUAGCAGAAUUCAUGUCCUUAUUGAGCAUUGGUAUUCAUGGUUUUAUAUUUGUAGCCAUUUUAUGAAAUGCUAUGACCCUGCAAUCAUAUCUUUGCUAAGCUUGGCAGUCUCCUUACCUAAGGUUUUGUGUUUAAGAUACAUUUAUUUAAGGUGCUUAAAAGGACACUGAAGCCAAUUUUUUUCUUUCCUGAUUCAGAUAGAGCAUGCAAUUUUAAGCAAACUUUCUAAUUUACUCCUAUUAUCAAUUUUACUUUGUUCUCUUGUUAUCUUUAUUUGAAAAAGAAGGCAUCUAAGCUUUUUUGUUUGGUUCAGACUCUGGACAGCACUUUUUAUUGGUGGAUGAAUUUAUCCACCAAUCAGCAAGAACAACCCAGGUUGUUCACCAAAAUUAGACCAGCAUCUAAACUUACAUUCUUGCAUUUCAAAUAAAGAUACCAAGAGAAUGAAUAAAAUUUGAUAAUAGGAGUAAAUUAGAAAGUUGCCUAAAAUGUGAUGCUCUAUCUGAAUCAUGAAAUAAACAAUUUGGGUUCAUUGUCCCCUUUAAGAGAUCUGUUUAUACUUUAAACUAUAAUUCAAACUUAGAAGUGAUAUAUCCCAAACAUUUGGCUGACUGAUGUGUUUUUCAUCUAAAACAGAAUUUAUAUGUAUUAUUGUUGUUAUCAUCCACUUUAUAGAAACAAGCAACCAAUUGAAAGGAUUACUACAGGCUGAUCAGUAAAUUAGCUUACUAUAGGCUGAUUCAUAAAACAAAUCUAAUUGUCCACGCUCCCUAUUUAAAGACAGGGCAAAAACAAAUCAUAGUCAAGAUUUUAAGAGCUGAGUAAAAUAUUAUUUGCUACUUAGAUGCUCUUUGUGCAGGUUUUCACUAAUCUCAAAGAGCAAUAAUUAAACACAAUGAUGUCUUUAGGACAGGAGCACAGACAUUAUUUUCUGGCUAAAUAAACAUGUAACACUUUAUAAGCUUUUCACCAUAUAUGCCUUUGGAUUUGUGUUUCGUUUAUUGGUACUUAUUUUUCUAAGUCAAAGAAACAUAACUCUUGUUCAAAUAAUCCUUUUCUUUCUAGUAGAGCUGGCAAUAUUAGUUUUGUGUUAUAUUUUGUUAUGGGCAUUUAAUGGUCUUUCCAAAGAACAUCAUUAACAUUGCUAAUUGCCAAUAUUAAGGCAAUGGUGCAUUUCAAUAAAUAUCUAGAUAUCAAGUCCAAUGUCAGAAUGUCAUUUUACACCAGUUUAGUUACAUGAUAUUAUAUAGAUUUGCUUUUUUAUACAUAUAAUUGACGGUCAUUUAACUAUUUUUAUAGCUUACUUUUUACCUGUUGAUAACUCUUCAAGUGCAAACUGCUUGUAAUUCCUACUGUGAUAAUUUGUAAGGGCAUUGUAAUUGCAUUUAUUGGGAGUUUGGUGGGUUUUGCCCCAGGGCAUUUUAAGCAGCUGUUUUGAUGAACCAAAUAUGGCUGGUAUGUCCAUAUCAGCUGCAUAAUCAAUCAAUCAAUCAAUCAAUCAAUCAUCCAAUCAAUCAAUCAAUCAAUCAAUCAAUCAAUCAAUCAAUCAUCCAAUGUUAAGCAUGAUGACCAGUUUAUAACUGUCUGUUGCAAGAUGGCCUCAAUUUAACAUUAAGUACCACUAGUGCUAAUCAUAACUUUUAUGAUUUAUUUCUUAAAUGCUGGUGCCAAAACAGCACUGAUCAUAAUGUGGCAAUUGAUAAAGACACAUAAAACACAUAACAUUGCAAUCCUCUCUAGUAUACAAGUGGUUAAUCCUCACCUUAUAUCUGGUCCAAAGCACAAUUAGGGUUUUACCACAAUUUGCCUUUGCACAAAAUAGAACAUAUUGGUACCAAAGGAUUUUUGUUUUCCUUAAUGUGCCAGCACCGUAUGGUUAACUUUUUCUUAUUGAGAUGGUAAAGUCAAAAUUAAACGUAAAUGUUUCAGAUAGAGCAUGUGAUUUCAAGCAACAUUCUGGUUUAUUGAAUUUGCUUUAUUCUCCUGAUAUCUUUGUUUGAAAAGCAUACCUACAUAGACUCAGGAGCAGCAAUGCACUACUGGAAGCUAGCUGCUGGUUGGUAACUGCAGAUAUAUGCUUAUUUUCAUUGGCUCAUCCAAUCUGUUCAGCUAGCUCCCAGUAGUGCAUUGCUGCUCUUUCAGCAAAGAAGAGAAUUAAACAAAUUUGAUUAUAGAAGUAAAUUUGAAAGUUGUUAAAAAAUUGUAUGGUCUAUAUCAAGGAUAGAGAGCCUUGGCCCUCCUGAUGUUUCAGAACUACAUUACCCAUGAUGCUUAGGCACUUUGAAGUCCAGUUGAGCAUCAUGGGAAAUGUAGUUCUGAAACAUCUGGAGGGCCAAGGUUCCCCAUCCCUGGUCUAUAUGAAUCAUGAAAGAAAAAUGUCUUUUAUGCCUAUUCAAGGCGUCCAUAACUGAUAUUGUUAUUUUUCAGUACAGUUUACAAAGCUUUAUAAAUCAAGAGCCAUUGUGGGAUUCACCCUUUAAAAAGCCCAGUAAAGUCCAUAUUCCUGGUCUCCUUUGCUGUGGCCCAUUAGGGACAGAUGUAGAUGAGCAUGUGAUUUAAUCUUAUCAGUCACUUCAAAAUGUCGCAGGCUCACAUAAAUUUCACCAUACUUAAAGGGUUUUUCUAUAGAAAAAUAUCAAUGCACUAAUUUAUCGUAUGUAGCUUUAUCACUAGUGAGGUCCCAACUGGGUAACUAAAUCCUCUGAUUAGCUCACCUGAAGUUUCCGCUUGAGGCCAGCAGUUCUUUGUGGCUCUUGAGUAGUACUUCAACUAUGAGUUUUAUGUGUUUGUGGGGGUUAAUGAAAAAUUACAUACACAUUUAGAGCAUGUUAUUUUUUCACUAAAAUGGGCCCUAUAAGAGGAACUCCAGCCUCUCUGAAAGGAUUCUAUUUAUUUUAUGGCAAAAGCAGGCAAAAUAAAUAAUGAAUGUAUAUUGCAAAUUUUUUUAAAGGGACACUGAACCCAAAUUUUUUCUUUCGUGAUUCAGAUAGAGCAUACAAUUUUAAAGUACUUUCUAAUUUACUCCUAUUAAAUGUUCUUCAUUCUCUUGGUAUCUUUAUUUGAAAAGCAAGAAUGUAAGUUUAGAUGCCGGCCCAUUUGGUGAACAACCUGGUUGUUCUUGCUGAUUGGUGGAUAAAUUCACCCACCAAUAAACAAGUGCUGUCCAAGGUCCUAAACCAAAAAUGUGUUGGCUCCUUAGCUUAGAUGCCUUCUUUUUCAAAUAAAGAUAGCAAGAGAACGAAGAAAAUUUGAUAAUAGGAGUAAAUUAGAAGUUGCUUAAAAUUGCAUCUGAAUCACAAAAGAAAAAAAAAAUGGGUUCGGUGUCACUUUAAGUAAACAUUUUCAUGUUGAGUGUAAGGUCCCAUUAAUAUCAAAUCAGAUGUAGCUUAAUUUGUAUUGUUUGAUAUAUAUAAUAUAUAUAUAUAUAUAUAUAUAUAUAUAUAUAUAUAUAUAUAUAUAUAUAUAUAUAUACAUACACAUAUAUUGUAUAUAUUUGUAUUAACAGUUUGUAUUAUUAGUUAAUCUACUGCAUCCAUUUAGAAGAUUUAAUUAAUCUUGUUUAUCUUGCACCAAAACUGUUUCUAGAGCUCCUUCAUUUAAUGGAGCUAUUUUGUGCUAUGUCUGUUUUUAUCAUUCAGGUAACAAUCUUUCCCUUAAAAUUCAAUCCACCAUUUAAAUUAUUCUAUACAAUGGAUGUUAACAGUUGAAUACUUGAAUGUAACAUGGAUUAUUUAUUUUGAAUGUUGUUUCAUAAAGAGAUACCCUAAAGUCUAUAACAUCAGCAUUUGAAUGUUGCAUUCAGUAUUAAAAUGUUACAUUUUGUAUCUGAACCUUUUAGAUUGUAAAAAUGUUGAAUGUUCAGCAACUGUUCAAAAUUAAUAUCAAAUUAAAAUGGCCAUCAUUUGUUAUUUUUAAGGAAUAAAUCAAAAUAAAGGGACAUUGCAAUAAACAUUUUAAAUAAAAAAAACAGAGCAUUUCAAAAUGUAUAUCAGAUUUCUGAAAUUAAAAAAUAAUCACCCUGUCCUGAAUAAAUCCGUUUUCUUUGUCAUACUUGUAGAGGUGUAUCCCUCUCCACUGCCUCACCAGCCUUUGAUGUCACUGCACGUCACUGGUAGAGGUGUAUCCCUCUCCACUGCCUCACCAGCCUCUGAUGUCACUGCACGUCACUGGUAGAGGUGUAUCCCUCUCCACUGCCUCACCAGCCUCUGAUGUCACUGCACGUCACUGGUAGAGGUGUAUCCCUCUCCACUGCCUCACCAGCCUCUGAUGUCACUGCACGUCACUGGUAGAGGUGUAUCCCUCUCCACUGCCUCACCAGCCUCUGAUGUCACUGCACGUCACUUGUAGAGGUGUAUCCCUCUCCACUGCCUCACCAGCCUCUGAUGUCACUGCACGUCACUCGGGUGUAUCCCUCUCCACCAGUAAAGGAGAAGGAGAGGCAGUUGCCCUUAUCAACCAAGUUCAUAACCAAUACUAUAUUAUUAGUUCUCUUGGUAUCUUUUUUGAAAAGCAGGGAUGUAAUCCUAGGAAACAUGCAUGUGUCUAGAGCACUUUAUGGCAGCAGUUAUGUUAUUCAUAUGCAGGACCACUAGAUGCAGCACUCUUUCCUGCUAUGUAGUGCUCCAGAUACUUACCUAGGUAAGUGUCUACAGCACUACAUGGCAGCAGUCGCUACAAUGUUAUCCAUAUGCAAGAGCACUAGAUGGCAGCACUAUUUCCUGCCAUGAAGGACUCCAGACACCUACUCUCUUCAACAAAAAAUACCAUGAGAAUGAAGCAAAUUUGAUAAUACAAGUAAAUUGGAAACUUUUUAAAAAAUUUAUGCUCUGAAUCACAAAAUAAAAAAAUUUGGGCUUCAUAUCUAGGCUGCUCUUUCAUAUGCAUGAUAGAACAACUUUGAGUACAAUGUACUUUUAUAGCUUUGAAUUCUAAUCAUUUUUGCUAACAUAAGAAAAGGAAUAAAAAUGAAAUACCUAAAAGCAGUCAGCCCUAAGAUGCAAAUUUCAUGCAGCAACAAGAAUAGUAAUCAUUUUAAAAAGCAUGGGAUUUAGAUGGUCAAACCUCUUGUUAUUAAUAUUCCAUUAUUAUAUACAAGUUCUAUUUUAUAUCACUCAAAAGGGACAUUGGACUGUUAGAUUCCAUGUAAAUGCAUUUCAACUUAUUUGAUUUUAGUACCUCUAAAAAAAAAUCUGCAGUAAAAGCUGUAUGCAUUUCAGUUUCAGUAGUAUCAGUUAUAUCCUUCCCACUAAUCAUUAUUAUUAUUGAUUUGUAGAGUGGCAGCAGAUUCCGUGGCAUCAAUGCUCAUUGGCUGAUACUUUCACAGCUAAUCAUUGGCUGAUAGGUAAAAAGAGCAUUAAUACUUUUCAGCCAAUUAGAAUUAGUAAGUACUUUGUUAGUCAAUAAGUAUUAGUAAAAAGUACCAGCCAAUAACCAUUAUUAAGGAUGAUGCUGCUAUAUCAGUUUCAAUUUAUAGGGACAUUAAACUCAAAAUGUAAUUUUCCAUAAAAUGUUAAUUAUGCAUCAUUUAAAACUUUUCACUGCACUUGCAUUAUUUAUUUAGUCUGUUUCCCCUGUGAUUUGACUCUGAAUAUUGUAGUAUUGCUACUCUCUUCAGAGAGGGUGUAAUGCAGAAUCCUGGCUCUCCUACAUACUGCACAGUAAUUAGCCAAUGUCUGCAAGAGCUUGAUUAUACCUGUCCCUAAUUGGCCAUAGCAAAGGAAGUAACAUACACAGCAUUCAAGAGACUACUUGAGGGUGUGUGUCCCUGGACUGCAAAAUAAUGUGGAUUUUCCCAACAAAAUGACAGGUUAAAUGCUUUUUAAACAUUUAGAUCUAUUGCAGUGCAUUAAAGUUAUUAUAUUUUUAUGUUACAGUUUCUUCAGACAAAAAAGCAAAAACAACAUACUUAAAUGUUACUUUUUCAUAUGGAUAAAAUGUUUUCAAAGAUUUUACCUACUGUAGUAAACACAUUUUAUAAAACGAAGAUGAUUUUCUCAUCAAAGAGACUGUUGACACAUUUUAUAAACUACUACUAAACAUUUGGUAAUAUAUUUUCAUGCCUAUUUCCAAAAAACAAAAUAACUAUUUUUUAAUCUGAUAGAUUUGUUUCUUCUAGGUUUUAUUCCAUGCAAAGAAGAGGUCAUUUAUUUUUCAAUGCAAUUAAAGGGACAUGAAACCCAAACAUUUUCUUUCAUGAUUCCGAUAGAACAUGUAAUUUUAAACAAUUUUCUACUUUACUUUUAUUAUCAAUUAUCCUUUGUUCUCUUGGUAUCUUUUGUUGAAAAGCAGGGAUGUAAAUUUAGGAGCAAGCACGUGUCUAGAGCGCUAUAUGGCAGCAGUUAUGCAAGACCCCUAGAUGGCAGCUCUAUUUCCUGCUAUGUAGUGCUGCAGAUACUUACCUAGGUAAGUGUCUAGAGCACUAUAUGGCAGCAGUUUUGUUACAAUGUUAUUCAUAUGCAAGACCACUAUAUGGCAGCACUGUUUUCUGCUAUGUGCUCCUGACAACCUACCCAGGUAUCUCUUCAACAAAGAAUACCAUGGAAGCAAAAGCAAAUAUGAUAAUUGUAAUAAUAAGGAAAUUGAAAACUUUUUUAAAUUGUAUGCUCUUUCUGAAUCACAAAAGAAAAUCAUUUUAAGCAGACUAUUUACUGUAUAAAUCUCACGCCAAUUACAACAUUAAAAUUUCCCUUUAAAUUAAGCCACUGAAGGGCUUUAACAUGACACUGGGCUAUACAUUACAGUACUCUCUGGUUGCAUAGUAUUUUUUUUUAUAACAAAAAAGGGUUCUGUAGAUUUUAAACCAAAUAAGUAAUUCAUUUACUCAUGUACUGAACUAAACCAUCUUGUUGGUGCACGCUGAGUGCUUAGUUGGUUUGUGUGGCUUAUGUAUAAAGCACUUGAAGGGUUAAUCACACUUGAAUUCUGUUUUGUUGUCUGUGUAGUGUCAGCAUUAAGAACAGCAUAUUGUAGUCAUUUCUAAGCUACUUAAUAUCCCAGGAUUGAUAUUAACCAAGGCUAUCAGCAUUUUAAAUGAUUUCAUAAGCAACACUAUAUGACUGAAUGUUUUUUUUUUUUUUUUAUGAUAUUAUUACUGUAUGGAAACUGACUGAUAAGGAAAUGUAUUUUGACACUGAUUCAUCAUUAAAGUAUACUGAUCUUUCA